AUGUCGCAGGCCGACUUCUCCUGUGCCAUCUGUUACGAGAUGGCAAGUGAACCUGUCGUGACACGCUGCGGCCAUCUAUUCUGCUGGGCAUGCUUGAAGCGUUGGUUGGAGCGCCCCGAAGCGGUGUUGGAGUGCCCGGUCUGCCGCGGCCGCGUCGACGAGCGUAUCAGCGGUGACAUCAUCCCGCUCUACGGCAAGGGCGCGCGCACACACGCGGCAAAUGCAGCCGCAUCGAACUCUUCGUCCACCACCAGCACCUCGGCGCAAGAGCGACAUCAACAGCAGCAACAGCAACACCCGCGACCAGCUGCCGAUCGUGCUCCGCCGGUGCGGCGCGGCAUGGGGCGCUACGCCAACCACCCGUUUUCGCUGGGACUCGGGGGCUCAUUUAUGUUUUUCGGUGGCGACAUGACAACGACUGCUCUGCUGAUUGUGCUGUGGGCGGCGUAUCACUUCAUUCCGUGGCGUGAGUGGCUGUCGCAAGCGCGGGCGCCGUGGGGCAUGACCUCGGGGCAGCCACAACGGGAAGGCGGACGCUCCGCCACCGAGCAGCACCAACACCAGCAGCAGCAGCAGCAGCAGCAGGAACUCCCCUCGCCGCAGAUAAUGGUGCGAAAUGUGCUCAUAUGUGUAGUCAUCGCGUAUGCUCUUUAUUACGUUCUCUCGGCGAAGUAG